AUGGACGUUGCGACGAGAUUCCAGACUCGCGUUCGCGCGCAGCCAUAUCUGGACAAUGAAAGGAAUGCUAUGCCCGAUGAUUCCGAGGGAGAUUUGAGCGAACCUGCCACCCGACGCAAGUUCCAGCGUACCACCGCCACUGAUUCAGACAACAACAACAAUAAUGGCUUCCGUAAGCCUUCACUUCCUGCUUCGGCGACGAGACCCGCGGGCUUGGAGCAUAGACCUAGCCUUACCAACAGGAGGAGGAGUACGCUGAGGGAGAAUGUACGGGUGCCGAGUGGGCCAAGAGAAUUUCCUAGUCCGGGCAAGAGAAUGGGCAAUACGUCCUCUACCCACCCUGCGCUUUCCGCCCUCGGUCAGACGAAGCAGAGCUCUUUCCUCCCGCCCACCUCGAACGACGACGCCUUCUACACCAACCAGAAGACCUUCAUGUUAGGUAAGACGGAUAAUGGCAGCUUCAGCUUCGGCAACGGCAACCACCGUUCCUCUACCGACGAGACAGAUUCGCCCACCACGCCAGCGGAACGAGGUAGCAAUGACUUCGACUUCGUGCCCACCAUGAACUUCGACGAUUUCCAGAGCUCCAUCACCGAUCCCAAUUGGACAUCGCCCCUGCUGAGCGAGUUCCCGACGCAUGUGGGUGGGAGAGCACUGCCGAAGGAGCAAGUCAAGCCCAGAGCGGAAAUGUCUACGCAGGCUGCUGGACCAACGUUCAAGCGGCCUGGACUGCCGAAGCAAGAGGAGAAUGGACCAGGAGAGGAGAGUGGGACUGGCAGGACACUCAGCUUCCGACGACGCAUCAGUGCUGUGACGGGGUCGAGGAAUGCUACUGGAUCUAGUACAGCGACCGUCACGCAAAUGCCCUCAGCUUCAUCACAACCGAACCUGUCUCUUAGGACGAGACGGCAAAGCACGAUGCCGCAGAGCUCGACCACGCCCACACAAGCGAUCGCAGGAGCUGGACCUACCAAUCGCACGCCUAGAAAGAGCGUAGGGCCUGGUUUGCUGUCGCUGGGCGAUACGAGGAAAGGGAGUGUGACACUGCCUAAUCAGGCUGGAGAGGUUGCUGCAAAGCCACCGUUGUCACGAACGAGCAGUCUUAGCACGAAGAGCAGGAGGACGACACUAGGUCCUGCUUUCGGAAACGGCGAUGCGCCGAAGCCUAGCACACUGAUGGCUCCCACUCAGAGUCGAGCGAACAAGGUCAAGAGUUUGCAACCUCCCCCACGGCAACAGAACAACGACCCAGACACGCCUGGUAGUGGCAGAAAUGCCUCCAAAGCCAACCAAGGUCGAGCACAUACUCCUUCAUCAUCAGGUAACAAACGACAGUCUACGGCAUCUGGACGUGCUUCUGGAUUAGGUGCUCGAACCACCAGUCCCACGGAUGCACGACGACUCAAGCGAAUGAGCAUGAUGCAAGCACCGCCUAUGCCUACCAGUCUGCCAAAGGGUCCUCCGACGCCUUCCGAGGAGCUACAGCAGAACCCAUGGGUCAAGCCCGAACUACCUCGUCUAGCACAGCCAUCACCAAGUCUCAUACCGCGAAAGAUGAGCACUGAUACACCAAUCUCCGCGCGAGGAUCACCCGAACGUGGCUUUUACAGCUUCUCCAGUGCUACGCCGACGAUGAUGGGUGGAGGCGUACAACUAUCUGCUAAGAGCAGCUAUCAGUCCCUUGUCAGCGGCUCGGGCUCGGCCUCCACUUCUCGACUUCCUACGCCAAAACCACGGAAUGUCCACUCCAGCAGUGCGAGAUAUGAAGAAAGCAAUGGAGAGCUCGUACCUCCCGUCCCUGCCAUCCCGAAAGCGUACGACAGCCCCAAAGAGUACGACCGACCUUUCUUCUCUGAUGUCGGGAGGGGUGUCGGUGAGCCGAGUCUCGAUGGACUGGACUUUGAGUUCGCGGAGACUGGAUCUCCUGCCCUUGCUGCUGCUCCUUCUGGUCUCACACCGAGAGGUAGUAUGGACAUGCGGACGUCGUCUGAGAUUGCGAGCAAGAGCUCAGGAGAGUAUGUUCGCAAGCAUCAGCAUAAACGGAGCACGACUGUGGCUAGUACUAAUGUCGCCACUUUGGCUGCCAAGAGCAGUAGACCUCAACCCGAUCCUGCGGGACGCAAGAACGCUAACCUGCAGCCUUUGCGUCUGCCGCCAAUGAGCUUGAUGCCGCUCACCACCCCCACCACGAACAAAAUUGCUAGUUUACCUCGUCCGAGUCAAGAAGUCGAUAGUAGAGAUGACUACGCUACUGCUCGGACUCCAGAGCCGAGACGGAAUGCCAAGACGCCUAGUACGCCCAUGACAGCGUCGAAAGCCACUUUCUUCCGUCGACAAGAUGAAGCUAUGACUGCUAAAUUACGGAACGCGAGUAGCCAUUACGCCCUGCGAGAUCUGCACAUGGAUCAUCUGGACGUCAAUAGUCGGUCCUUUUUCGACGACAGCGAUGUCGAAGGCGUCAUGUCUGCGGGUGGUAUGCCCAUCCCGGCCUCUCAGCAGCAGAAAUAUCAGAGGAGUGCCAUCACGCCUUUCGCUUCUGGGUCUUUGCCGAAGGGCUCCGGGGAGUUUGCUAGAUUGAGGGGAAGGCCAAGCGCGGAGUAUAAUCAUACUUUCGACUCGGCGGGCUUCAGCGAUGAGUUGCUUGGGUUUACGUCGGCGGGUAAGCCACUGGGGCCAAGACCGAAGACUUCUGGGACGAGUGGUAGCGGUGGGGUUGGGAAAAAGGGUGGAGCGGGCACGCCUAGUAGUACAGAGUCUCCUGUGACUGAGCAAGCGCCACAAUUGCCCGAGGUGAAGAAGGAGAAGGAGAGUAGUGGAUUGAGGAGGAAGCUUUCGCUCGGGUGGAGGAGGAGCUCUAGCAAGGCUGCGGCUCAUGCUGAGAAUAAGUCUAGUCCGCAGACUGCUGGGUUUGUGGAGAAUGCGGACGGCAGGGAGAGGGAGAGGGGCGCGAGGUUGCAGAAGCGACAGAGUGAGAUGCCGCCGCCCAAGGUCCCGGCUAGUGCUGCUUCUGCUUGGAAUGGAGGUGAUGCGGGACUUGCGAGACCGAGUCUGGAGAAUGCGAGGAGGAAGAGUGGCGUGCCGGCUAGUGUUUCAAGCAGCGGUGCAUUGAUGAUCGGUGAGGGUGGUGGUGGUGGCGAGAAUCCGAAGACGACCACCGCCGGUGUGCCCAAGACCCGUGCCCUGCACUCCGAACACCCGCAGCCCGUCCCCGCGAUGCCUCCGCCUAUGCCACCACCUGCGGCGCAUAGAUCUAGUAGCUGGGCAGCUGCUAGCAAUUCCCUCGCGGCAUCUUCCAACCACAACUUCCACGCCACUCAAGCCAACGCCCAAGCAAGCAGCAACGGCUUAUCAUCGCAUCUGGGACCCAUCGGCAAACCCUCCCUUGUACCGCCAGGAAGGCAGAGACUCACGCCCGCGACACUAAAUGCUACUCUCAAGGAUAAAGAUGAUCUGGUCGCGGACGAGGAGAUGCGGAAGUUGAGUACGAAGCGCAAGGACGUGGAUGCUGCGGCGAAGGAGAGCGAGGCAUUGAAGCUUAGGGCCGUGGGGAGGGAGGGGGUAAGUCCGAGGGUGGUAUUGGGGGAUCGGAGUGGAGGGGGUCUUUGCAUUGGUGGCGGAGGCCUGAAUGUGUUUGAACGAGGCGAGAUUGUCGAUUUUGAGGCCGAGGGGAUCUUCUUCACUGGGACCAAGGGGUGUCGGAAGAUUGUUGGGUCGUUAUCCCCGACCAACUCAUCAUCUGUGACUGGCAAGUCUUCGAGUGGCACUGGGGCCGAGGCGUCAGGGAAUCAUGGGUAUGAUGACGAGAGGGGGGAUUAUAAUAUCGUGCUUGGUGACCACUUGGCUUAUCGGUACGAAGUGGUGGAUUUGUUGGGGAAGGGCAGUUUUGGGCAGGUGGUGCGGUGUGUGGAUCAUAAGGAGGGAGGGGUGGUGGCGGUCAAGAUCAUCCGGAACAAGAAGAGGUUCCAUCAGCAGGCGCUUGUGGAGGUGGGGAUUUUGGGGCGGUUGGGGGAGUGGGACCCCAACGGCGCCUACGCAACCCUAACCAUCACCUCCUCCUUCUACUUCCGCUCCCACCUCUGCAUCGUCACCCCCUGCCUCAGCAUCAACCUCUACGAACUUAUCCGCUCCCAUAACUUCACCGGCUUCUCUUUACCGCUAAUCCGCCGCAUGACGCGCCAACUCCUCUCCUGCCUCUGUCUGCUCCAACGCAAGAAGAUCAUCCAUUGCGAUCUCAAGCCUGAGAAUAUCUUGCUUUGUGAGGCGCGGAAGGCGGAUGUUAGGGUCAUUGAUUUUGGGAGUAGUUGUCGCGUGGAGGAGAGGGUGUAUACUUACAUCCAGUCAAGGUUUUAUCGCAGUCCCGAGGUCAUUCUGGGGAGUGAGUAUGGGCUCGGGAUUGACAUGUGGUCUCUCGGAUGCAUCCUUGCGGAGCUCUGGACCGGGUAUCCCCUCUUCCCUGGCGAGAACGAGCAAGAGCAGUUGGCUUGUAUUAUGGAGAUCUUCGGACCCCCGGAUCGGCACCUUGUUGAGCGCUGCACACGCAAGAAGCUGUUCUUCGACUCCGUCGGCAAACCUCGCGUCACCGUCUCCAGCAAAGGUCGCCGGAGACGCGUCUCGAGUAAGACGCUCCAGCAGGUCCUCAAGUGCGAGGAUGAAGCUUUCCUGGAUUUCAUGGCGAGGUGUUUGCGAUGGGAUCCGGAACGGAGACUCAGGCCGGAUGAUGCAGUGAGUCAUCCUUUCGUUACUGGACAGCCUUGGGGGAAGUUUGGCCCGGCCGCGGGCAUUCCGGAGGAGGCUAGACGCGGCGCUACGCGGCUGAGGGCUGGUGUGGCUCCGGUUGUUACUGGAGGUGCGGGUGGGGCUGGGAGUCCGGUGAAGCGUAAGGAAGGCGGCAAUGCUUUCGCGCAACUGACGGCUACCACGCCUGCUAAAGACCGCGGUCCUGCUCGUGCAUUACCGGAGACGCCGCAGACGGCUGUGAGGAUGGGUGGCACGAGUACGAAUGUGCAGGGUUCGCCUUCAAAGGCUCGGGAUCUGGCGGCUGAGGCUAGGAGGAGGCAUUCUUCUGUUGCUUCUGCUACGCUGGGCAAUACGUUGGCUGUGAAUGGGAAUGGAAAUGGGCAUGGGAAUGGUGGCGGGCUUGGGGGCGUGGCGGCUAAUGGUGCUUCCGCCGCAAUAGUGACGGGUAUGGCGGGGAGUAAACGGGCUAGUAAUGGCACGCUUCUUGGUGGGGGGUCUGGGUUGCCUGGGAUGGGAAGUGGAAUAGCUGGUGGGAUGGGUAUCCAACAGCAGCGGACAGCUAGUGGGGCGGUGGGUUUGGCGCAGCUGGCUGCUCGGGAGAGUAUGGCUGGGCAGUUGCAGCAGAGUAGUGCUGGGAGGUGGAGGAGCUGA